GCGACUCUCGGUAAUGGCGACGUGAAUUUAGUGUGGCGAUAUGAUUAGUUUUCUUUUUGGCUUGUCGUUGCGAUAUUUUCCUAAAAAUCGAACUUUUACAGGGAGCAUACCCUCCCCCAAAAGUCACACUGGCAGUUUUGAUGAGUAAUAGGAAAUAUCCGAGGCUAGUGGACGGGUAUAAUGACCGGAGUCAGUAUCAUCCAUGCCAGGCAAGUUCCAAGUUCUCGUCGAAAAUCCAUCCCAACUGCAAUUCGGAGAGUGGUCGAGAGAGGGAGAGAUCGCCGAUUAGUUCGACGAAUAGUCGAGGAAGUUCACCGUACUCCCGCCAUUCAAACUUUUCCCCCCGUUCCCAUCGCUCAAAGCCGUACAGUCGAUCGCGAGAAGGAAACAAGAGAGGUUCUAGCAAGUCUCCAACUGAUGCACACAGUCAUCAUACCCUUCCUAACAGUAACUCACAUGGCAAUGAGCGCCACAGCAAGCCCAACCAUGUCAACAGUGAUGAGACUUCUGUUUGGUCUCAGCACACCAGUUCUUCAGGAAAGGUUUACUAUUACAACUGUAAAACUGAAAAGUCCCAAUGGGAAAAGCCAAAAGAAUGGAUUGAGCGAGAAAGAAGAGAGAAAGACAGAAAGGACAGAGAAAAAAGAGAUUUUAUGGCAGCCAGAGAUGGACGGGAAAACCGAGAGCAUCUGGCUUCCUCCAAACCCAGCAAAUACAUUUCCCCUUCAAAGAAUAUUCAUCGAGAUCAUCAUAGCUCUAGUGAUAAGCGAGAUGGAAACCAUACAGAGAGUAGGAAUAUGUCUGCUGAGCAGAAAAAAGAAAUCCAGCAGAGAUUGUUGGGAACAACUGACAGAGGAUCUCCAGUUGUCAAAACUUCUUGUGUACACACCACUGCUCUUCCAACAGUUGUCUACAGACCUUCUCCUACUGUGGCUAGUAUGGGAGGAGAAUCUGCGGUUUCACCCUCUGGAAGCUUACAAGAUGUUUCACCUCCAACCACUCCAUCUUCACGUUCCAACAUGUACGAGCCAUCCUCACACACUCCUUCACCAAAUAUAGUCACAGCUGUUUCACCUCAAGUCGCUCAGCAGCAUGGAGUACCUUCUCCUCAAUUUUCUUCCCGACAUUCAGCGAUUUCCUUAGCACCAAAUGUAUUCCCCCAAGCACCUGCAGUUACAGGUGCCCCAAGAGUAGUGCCACAGCAGUACCAGUAUCCUGUAGGGCAUCCUCAUAUUCAGAAUGACUAUAGACAGCAGUAUGUGAAUAGCAACAGUAACCCUCCUCAGCUCCAAAUAACUAAGGCAGCAUUACCUCUUCAAGCAACACAUGUCCCCUCACCCCAGCAACCAGUGAUGUUCAACCAACAGAUUUCUCCACAGACAGCCCUUCAUCCCUUACAGCAAGCCACACUAGUGCUCCAGCAACGAAAGAUGUCUGAGGCACAAGCAGCUGCAGCAGGAGUGGGGAAUAUACAGCCGUCAUAUCCAGUGGCAGCCUCAACAGUGACACCUGCAGCACCUCUUCCACAGCUUGCAGUCUCGCCAGUCUCAGUGGCUAUACACAGAAAGGAGGACAGGUCGCAUGUACACAGCUCACCUGGUUCUCCUGUGGUGUUCACUCAACAUCCACCUGUGGCAGUAGUAAAUGAGUCAAGCAGCUCGCAUUCGCAUCACUCCUCUCACCAACAGCUUGCAUCUAGCUCCAGUAUAGUGUCAUCUAGUCCUCUGUCUCACUCCUCUAAUGCAUCAAGUCCAGUACCUGUGGUACAACCUGCUGCUCCUACUGUCAACUUACAGACAGUAGCAAAAUAUGUGGAUAAAAAUCUCAUCUCUCAUUUGUCAGCCUGGCCCACAGAGGCGAUGGAUAGACAAUUGCAGAAACUAUGGGAAGAAACAGGUUCAUUUUCUAAUGAUAGUGACAAAGCCAAAAUUGAACAAAUGCAGCUACAGUCUGAAGUAGGUUUUAUGGAAAUGAGAUUAGACACAGCAAGUAGGAGAAUUUCUUCAUUGAAAGGGAUGACGAGAACUUUAGAAGCAUUACUGGCUGAAUCAGAGGCUAAAUUCUUGUCUUAGUGAAACCACUUGUCGAGUUCAGUGACAACUGAACAUGACGAAGUUGUGAUAGAAAAAGCAAACGAGAAGUCAUGACGGCAACGAUGUACAACUUCAAUAUUCAAAGACCAAAGUGAUAGCUAACAAUGAUACCAUGGGAGCGAUGUACAGCGCUGUUGCUUGGGAAACCUUAAGACGUGAACAGUCGCAACUAAAGCCAGUCAUAGGUGACUGACUGAGUAGUGAGAGAUACAUUGGUAGUCUGCUUAUAGAAGUAUAAGUUUCUGUUGAUAAUGAGGUAUCUCUCUGUGAUGUUGUGGAGUAUUUGGUAGAUAUAUUGCUUGGCAAAGCCAAGGGUAUUGGUUAGGUUGAAAUUCGCACUCCACAGAUCCCUGGUCGUUAACUUCUUUUCUAUUUUUUUUCCUGUCCCUUCCAUCCAUAGUGAACUUAAGAGCGACAAAACCGUAAUUAAAGGCACAAGCCAUUGUAAAAUAUGACACGUAACUGAUAACGAAGUAAAGAAAUGUUUUCUUUCUAAAUGUCAUUUUGAGUAUUUGUACGAAACAUGCCAUCAAAUAAGCCAAAUAAUAAAGUUUUUUUAUGGUGUGA